GUCGAACGACGUCGUAUCCUCUCGUAGCGAAAAAUGGACGCGCCUCUGCUAGUACGGUGCUCCAGCGAGCCUCUCCUAGUCGGAGACGGCGGAGACUAUCUUCCGGCGAGGACGGCGGAAGCGUGGCGGCGAAUCUUCUGCAUGGAAUCGUUGAAGCUCUGGAGAAUAGGCGGACCGAUAGCCUUACAGAUAUUUUGCCAGUUCGCAACGACUUCCGUCGCCACCAUAUUCGUCGGCCACAUAGGCGACGUAGAGCUCUCCGCUUUCUCCAUCGCCACCACUGUCAUCGGUGUUUUCUCCUUCGGAUUUCUGCUGGGAAUGGGAAGUGCGCUCGAGACACUAUGCGGGCAGGCAUUUGGUGCAGGACAGGUUCAUUUGCUCGGCGUCUAUAUGCAGCGCUCGAUCAUCGUUCUAUUUGGCACUUGUCUUCUCAUUUUACCUGUAUAUAUAUUCGCUACUCCGAUUUUGAAGCUAAUCGGACAACCAAAUGAAAUAGCUGAGCUUGCAGGCCUUUACACGCUCGUAACGAUCCCCGAUUUGUUCUCAUAUUGCAUUGCUUUCCCGACUCAGAAGUUCCUUCAGGCACAGAGCAAGGUCGAUGUUCUUGCGUGGAUAGCCGUAGUUGUUCUUAUCUUACAAGUCUUUUGGUGUUGGCUUUUUGUUAAUGUAUUCCGAUGGGGGACAAUAGGUGCAGCCAUAGCUUAUGACGUUUCUAACUUGACGUCUGCAUUCGCGCAAUUCGUUUACAUUGUUGUUUGGUGUAAGGAUGGUUGGAAAGGGUUCUCGUCCUCUGCUGUUAACGAACUUUGGGCAUUCGUGAAGCUAUCGCUCGAAUCAGCCGUCAUGCUCUGCUUGGAGCUUUGGUACUUUAUGAGCAUUGUAAUUCUUGCUGGAAAUCUCGGUGAUGCAGUCACUGCUGUUGGUUCCCUUUCGAUUUGUAUGAAUAUCGAUGGAUGGGAAGCCAUGUUGUUUAUUGGAGUCAAUGCUGCUAUAAGCGUUCGGGUUUCUAAUGAACUCGGGUUAGGACACGCUAGAGCUGCUAAGUACUCUGUCUACGUGACGAUUUUACAGUCCCUCUUGAUCGGCAUUCUUUGCAUGAUUGUUGUUCUUGCCACAAGAAGUUAUUUUCCGAUCAUCUUUACCGACAGCAAAGCUAUGCAAGAGGCUGUGGCGAAACUUUCGGGCCUUUUAGGAAUCACGAUGAUUCUCAACAGCGUUCAACCAGUUAUUUCCGGUGUUGCCAUUGGAGGUGGCUGGCAAGGUAUCGUUGCGUACAUUAACUUGGGGUGUUACUACAUUUUUGGUCUCCCUUUGGGGUAUCUUCUCGGAUACACUGCUCGGGGUGGAGUAAUGGGGCUGUGGGGCGGAAUGAUCGCCGGCGUUGUCCUGCAGACGGCAAUGCUGUGUGUUGUGCUUUACAAAACCAACUGGAACAAGGAGGUAAAGCAAACAGAGGAGCGGAUGCGCAAAUGGGGAGCCCAAGACUCGGCAACUAAUUAUUUACUGGCAUAGAAUUUAGGUUUAUUUCUUAAGUUUAACGAGUACGUGUUACAGCCGCGUAUAGAAUAGUGGAAGUGGACACGCGCGCUAAGAAAGAAUAUUCCUAUUCAUUGGCCCAACUCCCACGUGCGCACUAGCUAAUACCUGCCUUGA